CAGACAGCUAACAAGGGCCAUCGCCAGGACCCAAACAUUACUUACCGGAAAGUUUUCAGGCAUGAAGUAAACAUUGGAGUUAACGCUCAAAAGACCGACCUUGGUUUCUUUCAGACCCUGGACUGUGGAUACAAUGAACAACAUGUCGCCUGAGGUUGCGCUGCACCGGAUCUCGCCUGAGCUGCGACCACUGCUGUGCAGUGUGGUGAGAAACGGCCGAGUGGGGCUCGACUCCACUAACUGCCUUCGGGUCACAGACCUCAAAACAGGAUGCACAUCUCUAACUCCAGGACCAUGCUGCGAUCGCUUCAAACUCCACAUCCCCUACGCCGGAGAAACCCUUAAAUGGGAUAUCAUUUUCAAUGCGCAGUAUCCCGAAUUACCUCCAGAUUUCAUUUUUGGUGAAGAUGCAGAGUUUCUUCCUGAGCCUUCUGAACUACCCCACUUGGUCGACUGGGAUGCUGGAAACCCAGAGUGUUUGCUUCAGCUGGUGAAAGAGCUCAUCCAGCAGUACCAUCAGUACCAGUGCCAACGCCUGCGCGAAAGCUCCAGACUGCUGUUUGAGUACGAUAGCCUGCUGGAAGAUCCGAGCUACGGACGGAACUUGGAGAUUUACGCCGGACGGAAAAACACCUGGACCGGAGAGUUUUCAGCCCGUUUCCUCCUUAAACUCCCAGUGGACUUCAGCAACAUCCCAGUUUAUCUUCUCAAGGACACAGCACUGGACCCAGGAGAGGAUGUGGCUCUUCUCUCAGUAAGCUUUGAGGAUGCUGAAGCUACCCAGGUUUUCCCCAAGCUAUACCUCUCUCCAAGCAUCGAGCACGCUUUGGGAGGCUCCUCCGCACUUCACAUCCCAGCGUUCCCCAGCGGAGGAUGCCUAAUUGAUUACGUCCCUCAAGUGUGUCAGCUACUCACCAACAAGGUUCAGUAUGUCAUACAAGGUUAUCACAAGAGGAGGGAGUACAUCGCUGCUUUUCUCAGCCACUUUGGAAUGGGGGUGGUGGAGUACGAUGCAGAGGGAUUCACUAAACUCACUCUACUCCUCAUGUGGAAAGACUUCUGCUUCCUAGUGCAUGUGGAUCUCCCGCUGUACUUCCCCAGGGAUCAGCCCACCCUCACCUUCCAGUCUGUGUAUCACUUCACCAACAGCGGACAGCUCUAUUCUCAGGUGCAGACAUCAUAUCCCUAUAGCCCACGCUGGGACGGAAACGAGAUGGCCAAAAGGGCAAAAGCGUACUUCAAGAGUUUCAUUCCUCAGUUCCAGGAAGGAGCCUUUGCCAAUGGGAAACUGUAGCUCUUCUCUCGUUUUAUGACAUGUGCUGGAGUUUGUCUGGGUGUUUUUACUCUUCUGUACCUGUUUUUUGUCUGCAUAGACAUUGAAUCUCACGUUAUUCUCACUGACCUGAUGGGAGAAGUCACCUUCCUGUAGAAUGUUUUCUAGGUGUCAUGAAGAUUCAUCGUAAGUGUUGACAGCUGAGUAAAAAGCCUUCACUCUUAAAGCCCCUACAUAAAUACUAUUUCUUACAAUAACUACUGUUUUGUGUAUGAUGUCUGGAAACUCCAUGCACUGAUUUCCUAUUUGCUUUAAAAAGAGCUGAAAGAACAAGCCUAUUUUCCUUACUUUGAUCACAUUUUUGUCAAUUUGUGUUUAGCUGUUGAUAUUAAAAUUCUUCAGAACUUUA